AUGGUAGAUCUUACGACUGCAGUCGGAGCGAAGCCACGCAAAGCGAAUGCAGUUGUCAUCUCCGAAGAACAGAACCUCAACACUAGUUAUGUCCAGCUGCCGCAUUUGGACGUCAGUCGACCUGCACGCAUUGUCGCUUGCACCAUUGCCGGUCUCUCCACCAUUCGAGAUGUAAGAAGUGAACUAGUCCUAUCGGAAGACAACGGGAAUGCAGGGAGCAGCAGCCUUGUGCUCACGGAGCGAAAGCAGCAAAGGAAAUGCAGUGUCACUCCGAAGAACUCAACACCUAUAUGUCCAGCUGCCGCCUUUGACUUAGUCGCUGCACCAUCUGGUCUCUCCACCAUUCGAGGUAGUGCUGAAUUCCCAAGGAUAGACGAGGAUGAUACAAUCACUGUUCUAGUUAACCGAAAACCAGAGCCACAGACAGUAAGUAGCUUUCACCUGUGUCGUCGGCAUACCCCUGUUGGAGUCUCUUCUAUUAAGGAAACCACACAGUCUAGUGAGCUACCCUUUAUUCGCGAGUCUAGAUAUGUCAUCACUUCUGAAUGCAUAUCCAGCCAGAAUGUUUCAGCUUCACAACAUCUAGUGUCUAUCAAUAAUGAUGACCAAGGUGGCGUUAUCAAUGAGACUGUUGAUGGCUCCAAUGGUAACAGUACCACAGAUCAGUCUACCCACUCGGAGUCAAAGGAAGCUACGCUGACUACAGCGGAUUCUGGAGUUACCACCGACCAAAUAAAGAAACCUGUAUCGGCAGAUAAAAGAAGAUGCAGUGAUCGCAUGUCACAAAGAAGGAAAUCGAGCUUCAGAAGUAAAUACUACUUCACUCGAGACCUCCCAGGGGACAAUGCAAACCAGAGCACAGAUCGCCCAGCCACAGGCCGAAUCCGUCGACAACCCAUGAAAAAGGGCAUUGUUUGGAAAGGCGUUGAAAUCCCUGAGGAUUUCCUCACUACUCUUGGAUACAUCCCCUGUCGAUCAGUGAAGCUACGUGGUCGGCAUAGCCCACCAGAUGUGCUGUACACAACUAUGCCACUUGAUGUUCUUGGCAACUGAGAUUGGUGCUGCAAUCUAUCAGCAUACAUCGAAACAAUGUCUAAAGAUCUACUGAAAAAAGACCCUUGCAGACAUUGAAAUCUACUUAUAAUUGGGAAGAAUGUUUUGCAUUAUGUGCAGCCGCUUUGGAACACUGAUAACUUAAGAACCACCAAAAUCCAACAGAAAGGCCAGGUCUCCUUUUCUUUACAUGUUGAAAUUGGAUAUAUAUAUUCAUGUGUGAAAGUGGAUAAUCAUAUGGUGAAAGUGGUUAUAUCCCACACUCAUUAUAGAGUGCUUUUUUUUCUAAUUCACUGAUAUUUUCUGUUCCAUUGUGAUUUGUUUAUGCUACAUGCUACUUUAACACUUCAGCAUCGGUAAAAAUUCACCCAGUAAAAUAAAUCAGAAUUGAACUGAAAAUCAGGCUAAAACCGUUAGCCAUGUUAUCUAUUUGGAAUAAGGGGUUGAACAAUAUAGUUUAUUACUUGUUGUAAUUUUUAUUUUUUGACUGAUAACAACUCAGGACGUUAAUAAUUAAGAUGGAGCUCAUAAUUAAGAUGGAAGUAUGAUUUGAAGUUUGAAGUUUUGUGCAAAUAAUUUAUGGAUAAUCUGUGUGAUUGAAUUGACGUGUAAUGAAUUAUUACCUUAUUCUAGUUAUUAAAUAUAGUAUUAUAAAUUAUUAUUUAUUUUCAAGGCACCAGAAAACAGCAGGCAAGUGGUUUGCAAAUGUAUUUAUAUAUAUGUUAACAUGUCAUGGAUGCCUGCAUGGCCUUCUGUAAAUUUGGUGUUGUAAUAUCGCCUAGAUGCUAUAAGACAAGGCAAAGCCCCAAUAUUUUGUACGAUCUGAUAAGCAUUUCUGCUCAAUUUAAAGAAAAAGUAGAAGUUGGGCUAAACCUGCGACAGGGUCAGCAGUAAUUCAUAUAAGUAUUUAAUUUAGGACAUUACGGGUUUGUAUUUAUUUGGAUUAUUAACUAUUAUGUACUUAUUUAUUUGCAUUAAUCUAUAUACAAAUGUUAUAGCAUUGUAAGUACUAAAUGUACACUAGUUGUUUAAUUAAUUAAAUAGUACUGUCAGUUAAGACUCCCUUGUUAAAUUAUAGCAAAGUAGUCCGUUCUGGUAAAAGUAUUAAUAUUGUUUUUCCUGUAGUACAUCUUAAUAUAGAUUUAUUUGUGAUUUAAGAAAACGUUUCAUCUACUAGUUAAAACGUAGAAAAUUAAAUGCAGAAUGAUAUGACCUGAUUGUUAAGAUGAUAAAUUUAUUGUUAAAAUAUGAAAAAAGCUUUCAAAUAAAAUUUUGGUUAACGUGAUAAACGGACCGCGGCUGUUCAUUUAAAAUUAUAGCGAAAGAGUAAAUUCUGCUAUUGCUUACACAGAAAAUGUGCCACUUAUUUAAAACAAU